AUGGUCAAAUUCUACCCUUCUCUCACCGAGGACCACAUCGCCUUCAUCUCCCGCCAAUCUCUGUUCUUCGUCGCCAGUGCUCCCUGGGCCGGAGAACACAUCAACAUCUCACCCAAAGGCCACCCAUCAAGAACCUUUUCUGUCCUCGGCCCGAAGACCGUCGCCUACCUAGACGCAACCGGCAGCGGCUGUGAAACCAUCUCCCACGUCUACGAAAAUGGCCGUGUCACCGUAAUGUUCUCCUCCUUUGGUCCCUCUCCCCAGAUUAUGCGUCUGUUCUGCAAAGGACGUGUAGUCGAAAAAUGGGAUCCGUACUAUGGCCAAUUGCGCGCAAAGAUGGCAGCAGAGAAUGGCGAAUCGGUCGACAUCACCGGUGCGCGUGCCAUUAUCGUGUUAAAGAUCCAAAAAGUCCAGACCAGCUGCGGAUUCGGCGUGCCUCAGCUCGCAGGCGGCAAGCCCGCGGACACGGAGGAAGCAGCAGGUGACGCUAUCACCUAUGUAGACCACGACCAUGACAAGGAAGAAGAGAACGGUUUCAAGCAGCGUGACACCAUGGAUAAUUGGGCGCGCAAGACGCUGGAGAAGCAAGAACUCGCCGAUUACCAGAAACAGUACAAUCAUCGAUCGCUUGAUGGGCUGCCGGGCAUGAUGAGUGCGCGAAGAUCUCACGAUGAGAAUAUCGCGUUGGAGGACACCAAGGCGUGGUUUAGGAAAGUGAGCAGGCAGCAGGAUGCUGUUGCCCUAGGUGUGGGCUUGGGCGUUGUAUUGAUGUUGUUGUUGAGUCUUGUUGGUGUGUUGAGCAUUAAGCCAGUGUUCUUGCAGCAUAUUUUGAAUGCGCAGCGGAGGCAAUUGGGUUUACCGGAGGAUCACUCAUGGAAAAGCGAGCUUUAA